CGGGAACUAGAAGCAAGUGGGAGGGACGCGGACAGUCCAGCACGAGAGGGGCCCCAUAAGACGCGCGGCCCCGAAGCCCCUCGGAGCGCAGCCCCAGCCUCUUCUCGAAAGUCAGUCCAUUUUCCCUAGGGCACGAGCGCCCGGGACGCCGGGGGCUGCCGAGCUGGGGGGGCGCUCGAGCUGCGAGGAUCCGGGCUGCCCACGGGACGAGGAGCGGGCGCCCAGCUUCUGAGGCUGACCCAGUGAAGUAUGAGAGGCAGGAGAGCUGAGUUCUUGUUCUACUUGCCACUGAUCACCUGGGGAUGCUCUCUGCCGUGGGCCUCCAUUUCCCCAUCUGACAGGAUGGGGUGUGUGAAGUCCAAGUUCCUCCGGGAUGGAGGCAAGGUCUCAAAAACGGAGCCCAACACCAGCCCACACAGCGCUUUGUAUGUGCCGGAUCCCACAUCCUCGGGCAAGCGGUGGCCUGACAGUAGCAACGGCACCCCACCAGGGUCCACAGAGGCAGGUUCUGAGGAGAUCAUUGUGGUUGCCUUGUAUGAUUACGAGGCCAUUCACCAUGAAGACCUCAGUUUCCAGAAGGGGGACCAGAUGGUGGUCCUGGAAGAAUCUGGGGAGUGGUGGAGAGCACGAUCCCUGGCUACCCGGAAAGAGGGCUACAUCCCAAGCAACUACGUUGCCCGAGUCAACUCUCUGGAGACAGAAGAGUGGUUCUUCAAGGGCAUCAGCCGGAAGGAUGCAGAGCGCCAACUCCUGGCCCCUGGCAAUGUGCUGGGCUCCUUCAUGAUGCGGGACAGCGAGACCACCAAAGGGAGCUACUCUUUGUCUGUGCGAGACUACGACCCCCAGCACGGGGACACAGUGAAACAUUAUAAGAUCCGGACCCUGGACAAUGGGGGCUUCUACAUCUCCCCCCGGAGCACCUUCAGCAGCCUGCAGGAGCUGGUGGCCCACUACAAGAAGGGGAGCGACGGACUCUGCCAGAAGCUGACAGUGCCCUGCAUGUCCUCCAAACCCCAGAAGCCUUGGGAGAAAGAUGCCUGGGAGAUCCCCCGGGAGUCCCUCAGGCUGGAAAAGAAACUUGGAGCUGGGCAGUUCGGGGAAGUCUGGAUGGCCACCUACAACAAGCACACCAAGGUGGCCGUGAAGACGAUGAAGCCCGGGAGCAUGUCUGUGGACGCGUUCCUGGCAGAAGCCAACCUGAUGAAAACUCUGCAGCACGACAAGCUGGUGAAGCUGCAUGCUGUGGUCACGGAGGAGCCCAUCUACAUCAUCACAGAGUUCAUGGCCAAAGGUGCCACAUGCUGGGAGCUGGGGAUGCAGGCUGUGGCUCCUCCGGGUCAAUUGCAGAGUCAAAGGUGACUCUGUCAAGGUUCUUGCCUUCAAGAUUUCCCCAGUCUGGCCAGGAG